CCUAAUUAACACGCACAUGUAUCGCUGGUUCAGCGCAUCCAUGGUCCAUCAAUGGAGAUGGAGACGGACAUUGCGGCUGAUCUCGCCCCGGCACAUCAGCACGCCUGCACCCGCUCGUCGCUGCUACUGGGGGCUCCCGUACAAGCCUCUUCUUCCGCACAAGGUCUACGGCGUCGUCAUCAACUACGUCGACCACGGCCGCCCGCACCUCUUUCGCCGCCCACCUCCCUCGACCAGCAGCUCGCCGUCGUCGAACCCAAGGAUUGACGGCAAGUUCUUCCUGGCCGAGGACCACGACUGGUGGUUGGUCCUGGAUCACUGCAACGGUCUCCUUCUCUACGCCACCUACGACCGCGAGACGAAGAUGUGCGUGUGCAAUCCUGCGACCCAGCGCUGGACGAUUCUUCCCGGAAGUGCAAGUGUAGGAGCACGUCACGCUGCUGCAUACCUCGCGUUCGAUCCGGCCAUGUCGCCGCACUAUGAAGUGAUCCUGAUCCCCGCUGUGCCCGAAGCCGACGAUGGUACAAUAACGGAGGAACAAGAGUGGCCACCGUCGACGUGGAAGAUGAACGUCUUCUCCUCCAGGACUGGUCAGUGGGAGGAGAGAGCCUUCGUCCGCAAAGGCGAUCCAGCAGGGACGGUCCAAGAUAUCCGGCUCGAUCGUCUCGAUGAUAUCUGUUGUGAGUACCGACAAAGCUAUGCAGUGUACUCGCAGGGUGUGCUCUACGUGCAUUAUCGACACUCUUUUAUUGUGAGGCUUGUAUUGUCCAAAGGCAAGUAUCGAGUACUUAAAACGCCAAUGAAUUACAUCCACAGUGUAAAACCGUGUCAGGGGAGAGUAAAGAAAAUCAAAAUACCGACGACAGACCUCAGGGGUGCAAAACCGUAUCUCGGAAGACUAAAGAACCUGGUGCAUUAUGGAAUAGUGUAUCGCAAUCAGUUACGGAUUUGGAUGCUCAACGAAUCAUGUGCGCACAUUGAGUGGCUCCUGAAAUACGAAGUUGACAUUGAUAUGAAGAGGCCGUACCGUGAUAUAAAUGGGAGAAAAUUGGAUGGAUCUUGGACGGUAGAAGAAGGUACUAGUAGCGACGACGAUGAAGAUGACGGCUCUGACACUCUUAUAUCUGAUAAAGGCGUUGACUGGGACUCCGAUAAUGAUGAUAUUAUCAAGGUUGAAGCCAAUGACGACGAUACCUUUCGAAUAGAGAGGUUUGAUAUUCUUGGAUUUCAUCCUUAUAAGAAAGUUGUGUUUCUAGCUGAUUUGUUCUCCACAGUAGCCUACAAUUUAGAUAGCUCAAAGUUUCAGUAUUUAGGUUACACACGUCCACGAUGUUACAUCCCAAGCUAUACAAAUGAUAUUUACGAAUCAUUUGUAUACACUCCAUGCAUGAUUGGAGAUCUGCUUCACGGAGAUGGUACCAGCAACCGACGAACUUCCGUGUAGGAGAUAAUUCUGGUUGGCUCUCUUUGGAAAGAGGCUUUGAUAUGUACCUUG